AUGGAUUUGACAAAACAAAUGAUCUUGGUACUUGUCAGCAUCAUAUCAGCAAUGAUUCAUCAAGGCCAGUGUCGAAAUAUUUAUAAUGAAGAAUUGCAAUUAGAAGCAAAAUCAAUUAUUGAACAAAAUGAUGUUACUGCCCAGGAAAAUAAAUUGAUUUUCGAUAAUUUACUAAAAACAUUUCUAACAGCAAAUCGUAAAAAAUUAGAAAAGUGUACAGCUAAUAUUAUUGCUCAGUCAACACAUCGUGAAGACAAUGAAUUGAAUAAACUUUUUAACAUUGGUGUUAAUUAUGCUGUUGUCUGUAAUGAUGUACCAGCACUACUUGGAUGUAUGAAAAGUUAUACUGAUUUAUUGAUAUCUGAUGAAAGUAAAAUGAUGAAAAAUCAAUAUAAUAGAUUUUAUGAUAUGACAAAUGUAUUUAUAAAUUCAUUGUGUUCUAAAAAUGGAGAACAAAUAACAAAUAUUGCUAAAAAUUACGAUUGUUAUUUGGAUAAAAUAAACAAUUCGAAAUGUUCAAAGGAUAACAUUGAAUUAUUUAUAGCAAGUAUGUUUAAAAAAAGUUUAUUUAAAAAUAAUAAUGAAAGAAUUGGAAUUAUGCUGGAUAUACUUUUGGGAGUUAAAGAUUAUUUUGAAGUUAAAUCAACAAAUGUUGAACAGUGCAGUCGUCUUGGAGAAAUUGAAAAAUGUGCAGCUGGAAUUUUAUAUCAAUGUCCAGGCAAAGAACCAUCACUUGGACCUUCUAAUACUGUUCAGGCAUUUUUUACGUAUUUUAAUACUGGAAUAUAUUGUUAUGAAUAGAAAAAA